AUGGCAAGUGACGAUAUGUCAUUUCCUGAACUGGUGGUUGGUGCUACACCUGCCCAGAUCUGUUCGAUUUUAGGAAUUACUCCCUAUCAAAGUUUGACUUCAUCGAACGGCGUCUUGUCCGAAUUCCACUGUUUCCCUAGACUGCCUCUCGAAUUACGUCGCAAAAUCUGGAAUACCCAUCUCAAACAGCAGCAGCUAAGUCGAAUCAUAGAGAUCGUAUUGGACGCUACUCACUUUGUUGACAACCACCGCGGGUAUAAAGCGACAAUGCAAUCUUCUCGAGUUCCUCCAGCUCUGCGAAAUCCUAUCUGUAGAGAGGCUCGUGAGGAGGCUCUGCGGACAUACCAGCUAUGGCGUUUGGACAAUCAACCCGACGGACAUAACGCACCCCUACGGCUUAUAUACUUCGACCCUUCCAUUGACACUAUCUAUUUCGGGCACAGAACUUGCUUCGGUACAAUGUGCUUCUUCGUCGACAAUUUGGUCAGAGCAAAUAAACAACUUUCGCGUGUCGCAAUGUCUCUUUUUUUCGACCCGAAGGUCUGGUGUGGAACUGUACAGCAUCGACCUUUUUGUUCUUAUUCAGUAAGUCAAUUUGGUCGCUCCUCCAGGUUUGAAUCUGAAGCUGCUCGCUUUCUACAUCCGCUUCACGGUAUGCACAUUGAUAAGCUCCCGAGCCUCCGUACUGGAUGGCCCGGUUUGAAGGAGGUCAUUUUCGCGCAUAGAAGUAUUCAUACCACCAAAGAGAGAGUUGAGCAGAUCGAUGAAAACGUUACGUUCCACCCAAUUACAUACAGAAUACCCUGGGAUAAUUUAGAGAGCUUAGACGACCGUGAUGUUCGGAAGAUUCUAAAGUCCAAAAAUCAAAUUCAUGUGUUUAUCGCGUCGCUUUUAACUCGGACCAGGCCCGGCUAUAAAGAGGCAGCAGAGACGGAUGCCAUUUAUUAUGGGAUGACUGACGAUCAAUGGAAGCAAUGGAGCUUUAGGCAUGUAGCAAAGGAGUGA